AUGAUUUCGUCCACUUCUACUACACCAGACCAAAUUUCUGGGACCACGGUCCCGGUCUUGAGCAAGACAGAAGUCUUUGAAGAAGCAACCAAUUUUGUAACAUUACUUUAUACAGAGUUGAAGAAGAAACCAGAAGAAAUUGAUGAAAGAUUGCAAAUAAUCAAGGCAGAGAUUGAUAGGACUGGAACUUAUGUUCAUACCAGUGAAGAAUUAACCUAUGGCUGCAAGGUUGCUUGGAGAAAUUCAGUGAGUUGUAUUGGAAAGGUUCACUGGCAAGUAUUAGCCGUCCAUGACAAGAGACAUUGCAAAACAGAGGAAGAAAUAGCUCAAGCACUAAAGGAACAUGCCAAAUUUGCCUUCAAUGAUGGUAAUGUGAGAUCUAGUGUUACCCUCUUUCGUCAAGUUUCCAAUCCAGAUGGAAGUGAUGAAAUUCGUAUUCACAAUCCACAAAUCAUUCGUUAUGCAGGUUAUAAAAACAAUGAUGGAAGUGUUUUAGGUGAUCCAGAUCAUGUUGCCUUGACUGAACAUGCACUUUCUCUUGGUUGGAGGAAAGAUCAACCAAAAUCAAGAUUUGACAUUCUUCCACUCCUGAUUCAAAUUGGAGUUCAAGGAAAGACUAAAUAUUUCGAUUUGGAACCUGAAUACACAACUGAGGUUCAUCUCGAACAUCCAAAAUAUCCACAAACAAGUGACAUGGCUUUACGUUGGCAUGGAUUGCCAGCUAUUACCAAUAUGAGAUUCGAAUUGGGAGGUGUUUUUUAUACUGCAGCUGCAUUCAAUGGAUGGUACAUGACAACUGAAAUUACAAGAAACUUUUUGGAUGAUUUUAGAUAUAAUCUCUUAGAUGAAUUUGGAAGAGUUAUUGGUGUGCGGCCUGAUUCAGAUGCCGAAUCAAAAAAGAAUCCAUUCUGGAAAGAUAUUGCCUCUGCCGAAUUCAAUGUCAUGGUUCAACAUUCAUUCGAUAAACAAAAUGUCAAGAUGGUUGAUCAUCACACUGCAGGUAAACAAUUUGUAAAGCAUAUGCAAAAUGAGGAAAAGAAAGGAAGAGAAUGUCCUGCACGUUACAGUUGGAUUGUUCCACCAAGUGCUGCUCACACAAAUCCAGUUUUUCACACAAGGAUGAAGGAAAUUUGGUUGAAACCAACCAUUUCUUAUCAACCUGAGAUUUUUGAUGGAAGUUUUAGAAAUGUUAUGGCAAGAGGAGAGGUUUUACCUUCAGAUCCUGAUUGGAAUGUUAAGGAAAGUGUUCCUUCCACACCAACUCAAAGGAGCAAGGCAACCUCAAGUCAAAAAUCAACGACAGCCAAAUCAUCCACAAAACAAGUAAGAAGUAAUUCUAGUGAUAGAGUUCUGGUUAAGAUUUUGGCAAUUCUUGUGGUCUUGUUAGCAAUCUUAUUGGCGUACAAUUCUUCACAACACCAAUAA